ACCUGGAACCGUACUGGAAGAACAAGAAUCCAGCGCAAAGAAAUUAAUUGGUUUACACUAGCUCGUGAAAAAGAUAUUGGAUAUUGGAUUUGGAAGUAGCUCGAAGAUUCGCCCUUGAGCCGUGGCGGUAUAGUCGCGGUCGGAACGAUUAUGGUUAGAUACGCGACUGUCCACCGGGUUAGGUCAUUUUCACCAUCCAAGAUUAAUGAUCGAGUGUCAUGUAUGAGAAAGUCACCUACAAAAGCGAAGUGUAGAAGCUUGUCUGCCUUGGUCCCACCAGAAUUUCGCAACCCUGGUUAUUUUAUACCGUUAACAGCAUGCCGUGUACAAGUAGAACCGUUGAGUUCUCUCCCAGUUGAGUACGCUUCCGUACUGACUAGACCAUGCUCAAUAGUCUGCGAGGAUGCUUCGAUUAGUAAUCAAGAAGAUGAUUUUCAAAUAGAAAUUAACAGAGAAAACCCUGUUAUUGUAGAAUGUCGUAUAGCCCUUCCCAUUCUUCCACUAUCACUACAGGACUAUGCAUCUCCUGAACCCAGCCUUGUACGUGACAGUAUUUCUAUGUACACUUCUAUCAUUGGAAAUCGAACAAUUUGGUGAAUAUCUAACUACUUCCGUAAAUGAAAGCAUGUAAUUGGCAACUUCAGUCGUCAACUAAUGUUAGGUCAUCCUGUAUUUAUUAUCCUUGUUUUAUUUUGGUCCAUAUGAAAGUCCAGCAGUUUUUGUAUCCCAAUGCCACUUGGGUUUUCUCCAAGUUGUAAAUGGAACAUUGCAAGGAAAGUUUCCAUUCGUCUGGUUGGUAUGGACAGAAUGAUAUCUGAUUAUGUUCUAUAGUGAUUGCACUGCUAUUUUUCGCGAUUCUAAUAGUUGGUAAAAUUUUGUAAAUAAAUACUUGGCGUU